UGCCGCUGGGCCCCGCCUCCUCUCUUCCACACGGACGCGGCGGAACAGCGCAAGCGCCCAAACGACAAGAAAGUGAACCAGCGGCCCACGAAAUUCCGGCGCCCACCUCGCCACCUCGGAACCCUAGCUGCCCCGCCCGCCCAUGGAGAUCGCCGGCGACCGCCGCCUAUAGCGAGACGCAAGGGAAUACGGGGAGCGGGCUGGCUGUGGUGACCUUGUGACUUGGCUGGGACACGGGGCGGGAUGUCGGUGCGGAUCAAGGCGGUGGUGGACCGGUUCGUGAAGGAGCUGCAGGAGGCACUGGACGCGGACAUCCAGGACCGCAUCAUGAAGGAGCGCGAGAUGCAGAGCUACAUCGAGGAGCGCGAGCGCGAGGUCGCCGAACGGGAGUCCGCCUGGAAGGCCGAACUCUCCCGCCGCGAGGCUGAGAUUGCGCGGCAAGAAGCCAGGCUGAAGAUGGAGAAGGAGAACUUGGAGAAGGAAAAGAGUGUCCUCAUGGGAACUGCCUCCAGCCAAGACAACCAAGAUGGAGCCCUAGAAAUCACCGUCAGUGGCGAGAAGUACAGGUGCCUUCGUUUCUCCAAGGCAAAGAAAUGAGAGGUGAACUGUCACCGAGGAGCUAGCUUGUGUACUCAGCUGGACUUAAGAUAGAACCAUAGUCUCGCUAAGCCCUUAUUUUUAUUCGUUUUGGAUUCUUUUUUUUAUUGUACAGGAAAUCCUGAAAUGUGCAUAGUCAGAAUACUAUAUCUACUGGUGGUAAAGACUAUCUUGAUUUGUUCAUUAAAGAUGGGCAACUAGACCAGCUGCAACAGGACUUAGUGAUGA